AUGGAAGCUGCAGUCCAUUCCCCCCACCCGGACGCUCCUUCAUUGUCGAAUCAACAGUUCACGCCAACCUCAAAGAAACGCAACUACGAUGGCGAGAUUGUCCAUCACUCAAUCACCAGCAUUGUGUCUCCCGAGGACCAAAAAAGCAGUAGUUUUAGCGCCAGCCAUUCCCGUAUUGGCUCGCCAGCGUUGAGCAGGGCCAGUACUCCUUUGACCGACAUCGGCUCCCUGCCGGCCCACAGUCCUUCUCAACCUGAAAUGGCACUGGAUAGCAAGACACGGAAGCUGACCUUUGCCGAGCGAGAAGUUGCCAAUGCGUUGAAAAGACAGGAGAAGGAGGAGAAGGAGAGGGCGAAAGCCGAAAGGGAGAAACUCAAGGCCGAAGCACAAGCCAAGAGAGAGGAAGAGAAGAAGCGGAAAGAUGAAGAAAAGGAAGCCGCUCGAAAGGCCCGAGAAGAGAAACAGAAACAAAAGGAUGCUUUGAAGCAGCAGAAGGAAGCAGAAAAGGAACGAAAAGCUCAAGAAGCACGUAAGAAAGAAAGAGCACAACCUCGCAUCGGUGCAUUCUUCGGCCGACCAACCGCUGCAUCAACACCACCUGCCAGCUCUGACGAUGCUUCUGCCGGCACAUCCAGAAGAUCUUCCAUUGCAUCGAUCGAUAUGGAACCGUGUCUGACGGAGAUCAAGACCUCGAAGCCGCCCAACACGGAAUUCCGCAACUGGAUUCUACCAUUUUUUGUCAACGAACACAUGGAACUGGCACCAUUUAACCGUUUCCACUCACAUACUAAUCCAUUUAACGACGAGCAGGUGCGACUGAAUCAGCAAAUCACCCCCGAACAGAUUGGCACACGAUUUCCAAAACGUCGGAGAAUGAAACGCAUCAAACCCGUCAAAAAGAUUGUGGAAGAAAUGAAUGCGGCGACAGACGCACCAGUUGACUCGGAUCGACCAACAGAUGAUCUUGCUGGGAUACCGUAUAAGUAUUUCUUUUUCCGCGAAGACGUGCGACCAGCAUAUCAAGGCACUUACACCCGGGCUGUGUCUCCACGGUCGGCACGCAAGAUUGCCCGGAAUCCUUCUUACCGAGGUCUGCCUGAUACAGAUUAUGAUUAUGAUAGUGAGGCCGAAUGGCAGGAACCCGAGGAAGGAGACGAUGAUCUCAUGGAUGAAGACGAAAAGUCUGAGGACGAUGACAGCGACGAAGACAUGGAUGAUUUUCUCGACAACGAAGGAGAAAUGGUCAAGCGACAGGCGCUUGUGGGCGAUAUGGAACCCAAAUCUAGUGGAUUGUGCUGGGAGGGAGCAGACCACCGAGCAGAAAAUGGGUUCGACCUGAGCAGGUACCGCAUGGAUGUUCUGCAUGACUCGACGACUUUCCCGAUUGACCCGUAUUCCACCAUACAUUGGUCAGAGUUUGGCAAGACAAGUCCGAAGAAACGCGAGGGCAAGACGCUGCCGCCGACAGAAAAUGGUCCAAUGCAACCUCCUCGACUUCCACUUGUGGCUGUGGAUGGGAACAGCGGAAGUGUCGUGGCUGCGUCGAAUUUACUGGGGUUUGUCUCGAGUCACGGUCAGAGCGAAAACAAAGUCGCGGCUCCACGGUCAAUUGCGGGCACUAGUGCAGGAGGGUUGGGAAAGCCAUUCAAAAUGGUACCGAGGGAUCUCCUUCCGGCCUUCAAAGAUGCCGUGUCUGGUAGCGACUUGACAAAAGCCGGCAUGAUUGAGGUGUUGAAGAAGCAAUUCCCCAAAUGUUCCAAAGAUGCCAUCAAAAAUAGCUUGGAAGCGAUUGCCGAGAGGAGAGGAGCGAAGGAGGCCGACAAGAAAUGGGUGUUGAUCCAGUGA